AUGGCUCCUAUUAACGCGAAUGACAUUAAUGAUGCCAAGGCCUUCGUACCAGCUAAGAAAGUUUUGCCAGAAGUUGAAACAGAGGCAGCUAAUGGAAAUGGGAACUCAUCAAAAGGAUAUUCUUACGAGACUCUACUGGAGAUAGCGAAUUUCUUGCUGUCUCGCAUCUCCGUGAAACCGCACAUCGGCAUUAUUUGCGGCUCUGGGAUGGGUUCGUAUUGGAAAGAGGGAUCUUUGGCUGAAAGUAUCACAGAAUCAGAAUCUAUCUCGUACGAAGACAUCCCCAACUUCCCAGUGAGCACAGUGGAGGGUCACCAUGGCAAGCUGGUCUUCGGCAAGAUCAGUGGAGUGCCUGUGGUGGCCAUGCAGGGACGGUUCCACUACUACGAGGGAUACCCGCUAUGGAAGUGCUGCUUACCGGUGCGUGUGAUGAAGCUACUCGGCGUCAAAACAUUGAUUGCUACCAAUGCUGCUGGAGGCUUAAACCCUUCAUACAAGAUUGGUGACGUCAUGAUCGUGAAGGACCACAUCAAUAUGAUGGGCUUCGCUGGAAACAACCCUCUGCAUGGACCCAACGAUGAGAGGUUCGGCCCUCGGUUCCCACCAAUGAGCAAAGCCUACAACUACGAAUAUAGAAAUAUUGCCAAGGAGGUAGCCAAAGAGUUGAACAUUGACAACAUAGUGAAAGAGGGUGUGUACACCUGCCUGGGAGGACCCAACUUCGAGACGGUGGCUGAAUUGAACAUGUUGAAGAUGGUCGGAGUCGAUGCUGUCGGCAUGUCCACCGUGCACGAGGUAAUUACAGCGAGACACUGUGAUUUGAACGUGUUCGCUUUGUCUCUGAUCACGAAUGAGUGUGUCACAAGCUACGAGAACAAUGAUGAGGCCAACCACGAGGAGGUGCUGGACGUGGGCCGCAUGCGACAAGACAUCCUACGCCUGUUUGUCAAUAAACUUGUUGAAAGGUUCGCACUCAUUGAGGCGAAGAACCCCUGA